GUACACAAAAUGAGUGAUCAGUUAUUUUUUAGGCUUGGACAAAAAAGUUUUGCGACUUACGUGUCCUUGUAAUCAAGUAGGUAUUAAAGCACCAGCAAAUCCAGCAUGCAAUGCUGAACUGUAGGUAUUGGGGCUCUGAUGAGUUGAUGCAGCCAUGUUGUUGAAUGACAUGCCGAUUAUCAGACAUUGAUCCUUUCAUCCACAUGUUUAACCUGUUAAAUGACUGAUAAGUAUCUUACCAUGGCUGGGUCAUAAAGGUGACACCAAAGUGUUUGGAUGGGACUCCACUCACUCAUUAGGUGUUGGGAUUUUUAUAGGUUUAGUGUACAUUCCUUUAUGCUGUGGUGUACAUUUGAUGAUUUCAUUUCAUGAUUAUGAAAAACUUUUUUUUUAUUUUUGAUAUUCUGAUUUUUCAUUUCCUCAGAUACAGAUAUUGAAAAUUAUCUUGUCUUAUUAAAGUUCUCCAUGUCAAACACAUAAAUUAUAGUUGUUCACAAUAUUACAGAAAAUGCUAAGGUUUCUGAACUUGAUUCCCUUUCAAUCUUUCUUAAAGUUUGAUAAAAUGUAAAAGAAACAGGUAUUUUUUUUCAUUACAAAGCUUUUAAUAUUAAAGAAAACAUUUCUCCUGCACAUUUUAGAUAUUUCUGUAUUUGUAUUUGCAUUUCUUUAUAUUAUUAGCUUAUUAAUGACUGCAUGUUUGUUUCUCUGUUUUAUUUUAUCCUUGUUUAUUCAGUGUGUCAGUGUGGUUAACCAGCUAAAUAGAUUUGGAUGCACCCCAUCGUGAUGUUAGCUGAUCCCUGAGCUCCUGGAAAAUGAGACAAUCUUCUGUGCUUCUGUGGUAGUUUAGAUGCUUAAUGUUAGCACCAAGCACUGUAUUUGGUAUAUUGUGUACAAACUUGAUAAUGCAUGAAAAAACCUGGCUCUUGAUCUAAUUAUUGUGAAGAAAUAACAUCUCCUUAGUGAUAAAAAAACAGAUUGCUUUGGCAUUAAGCUUCAUCAGCAGAUAUCUGUCAUUUCAGAAGCUGAUGAUAGAUAUUUGAGACAAAAUAUUUCAUCUAGUUUUCCAUUGCAGACAGAACUUCUUUCCAAUGACUGAGGAAUUAUUUUCAGUUCCAAAUCAUGACUUUUCUUUUUACAAUGUGUCAACAACAAAUUUGAACUCUUAAAGCCAUUGGGAGAUUUGUUGUGAAUACAUAUCAGAAAUUUGGCCAAGUCCAGCAAUUUUAAAGUGACAGUUAAAGAUACUUGCGCUCAAUAUUUGCUUGAGUCUCGAACCUAUCUGCACUUUCAAAGCUUUGGUACACACUGGUGAAUGUGUAACAACCCCUUUGAAGUGUAACACUGCAUGUCUGUAGUCCCAGCUACUGCGUUUCGUGUGAUCUUGAGACCCUUGUGGCGAUGCCAACACCACCACCAUGCUUAUGACCUUGUGUUACAUCUAUCUCUUUCAUCUCUGGCCUCGGUUUCAUCGCAGACUCAAGGACACCAUCCUUGAAACGGUCGAGAUGUAUUCCGGCAGGGCCAGUGUGGCCUUCCGCAAGUUGGUGCCAGCGAACAUCGCAGAGUGGGCGGAGCUACCUCACCAAGCGUCUCUUCUCUGUGAGGCAUUGGAUCGGAAGAUGAGUACAAACGUUCUUGAAGAAGCCAGAGGCAAGCAGAUGCUCACAAUGGAACCAAAACAAUCUGUAGAUCUGAGUUAUGACUGGACUUCAUUCAUUGGUUCGUCUACUCCGGCCCUCAAGGCACCUUUACCUGUUGCCCCUGCCUCACCCACCUCAUCCAUCUUCGUACUUCUUGAGGCAUCCCCUCCUAAGAGAGAUCGAUACGGACGACUAGCCCUUCGCAAGGUAAGUGGACCUUAUAUCUACCCUGGCCUUCAAGGCACCUUUACCUGUUGCCCCUGCCUCACCCACAUCAUCUAUCUUUGUACUCCUAGAGGCUUCCCCUCCUAAGAGAGAUCGAUACGGACGACUAGCCCUUCGCAAGGUAAGUGGACCUUAUACCUGGACUUCAAGGCACCUUUACCUGUUGCCCAUGGCUCACCCAUCCCGUGGGAGCGGGCACUCGGUAUAUAAUGCAUGGUGGGUAUGUGCCGCGGAGGGAACCCCCAUUUUUACAUACAAAUUUCCGUUCCAAGGCAUAGCAUUUUUGUCUUUUUGAGAAAAAGAAAAAAGAAAGCCGCUCCAAAGCAUUUCUUUUUAUCGAG